AUGGUUAGAGAAAUCGCUGAUGAAUCUCAGUUUCAAGAAGAAUUAAAUUCUUCUUCAACAAAGCUACUUGUUGUGGAUUUCACAGCUACGUGGUGUGGUCCUUGUCAGCGGAUUGCACCAUUUUAUGAACAAAUGUCAAUAAAAUAUCCUAAGGCAUCCUUUAUUAAAGUGGAUGUUGAUAAGUGCCAAGAAACUGCAGCUAAUCAAAGAGUAUCUGUUAUGCCGACAUUUUAUUUUUACAGGAAUAAAGUGAAAGUUGACAGCAUUCAAGGUGCUGAUCCCAACAAACUAGAAGCAAAGAUAAUAAAAUAUUAUGAUUCUGAAGAAAGUGGUGACCAAGAUGUGGGUGUUGCAGGUCAUAUGGAUUUGAUUUCUUUCAUAUUGAAAAGUAACUGUGAGGCCUUGAAUGAAUCUGAUGAACAUCCUUUUGUGCAUUCCCUCACAAGUGCUGGUGGAUAUUUGGAGUCUGAUUGUGAUGAACAAUUGAUUAUUUCAAUAGCCUUUAAUCAAACAGUGAAAAUACAUUCUUUGAAAAUUAAAAGCCCGGCUGAUAAAGGACCAAAAAAAUUGAAGCUAUUUAUCAACCAACCUAACACUCUUGAUUUUGAUGCAGCAAGCUCCAAUCAAUCUGUGCAAGAUCUUGAAUUAACUCCUGAAGAUUUAGAAGGCAAUCCAGUAGCAUUGCGCUUUGUCAAGUUCCAGAGUGUUCAAAAUAUUCAAAUAUUUGUUCAGUCUAACCAAGGAGGAACAGAUACUACUCAGAUAGACUAUUUGCAACUCAUUGGAUCACCUAUAAUCACAACUAAUAUGAGUGAUUUUAAAAGAGUUACAGGCAAGAAAGGAGAAGCACACUGA